AGUCGCUAUUGGUUCGAGUCGACGGCAUGUCCUUUGAUCGCAGGUACAUUUGGACCCAUGGCCUCGGCCUUCUCCAUAUGUGCCUUAUCUUCCAGUUGGAGAGUUUACAUACCACCUGGAGGUACCGUCAAUAAUGGAACAACCAUCGACGACCCGAAAUGGCUACUUGCGAUCAACGCUAUCUCUCUGGCUCUUGCUCUGAUCGCAAACGGAUCGUUACUACUCAACAUGGCUCAUCGUCUGCGGUUCUCAAUAGCGCAACCAAUUACCAUUGUUGGCUUCACCGUCUCCUCAGGACUCUUGAUCGCGGAUAUCAUUGCUUUGUCCAUCUCGCAUAAUUAUCAACUUCCCUCGAGCUCUCCUGCUUACACUGCUGCUCACCAUGCCUUGACCUCGGCAUUCUACUACGCCAUCAUGGCUGCUGGCAUCUAUCUGAUCAUCGCCCUUCUCAUGUGCCUGACCGUGUACGGUGCUUGGAAGGGACACUACGCGAGACAAUUCAACCUGACUACAUCUCAGCGGACUUUGAUGCUGCAGACCAUGAGCUUCUUUACUUAUCUCCUACUCGGUGCUCUGGUGUUCAGUCACAUUGAAGAGUGGGAAUAUCUGGAUGCCGUGUACUGGGCAGAUGUGACGCUACUCACAGUCGGCCUCGGUGACUAUUCGCCGACCAAACACACCGCCCGAUCUUUGUUCUUUCCCUACGCCAUCGGUGGCAUCGUCAUCCUCGGUCUCGUCGUCGGCUCCAUCCGCAGUCUAGUUCUAGAACGAGGACAAAAGAAGAUAUCCGCCAGGAUGAUGGAGAAAAAGCGACUUCGAGCCGUCAAUAGCGUUGGCAAUGGCAAACAACGCAUGCGCAUAAGCCGAUUCCAAACGAUAAAAUUUGUUGAGAGUUACACGCAUGCUGCUCAGAGACGAGAGCAAGAGUUCAAGGCGAUGAGAAGAGUGCAGGAAUGUGCUGAGAGAGAUCGCAAAUGGGUUGCCUUGGCUGUUUCUACGACGGCUGCGUUUGUGCUUUGGCUUGCUGGCUCUGCCAUCUUCCAUGUUGCGGAGAGAGAGCAACAUUGGACUUACUUCCAGACGAUGUACUUUACCUAUACUUGUCUGCUCACGAUCGGCUAUGGAGAUUUUACACCAACAUCGAACUCUAGUAAAGCCUUCUUCGUCCUGUGGUCUCUUCUAGCCGUACCCACCCUCACGAUCCUGAUCUCAGACAUGGGCGACACAGUAGUCCAACUCUUCUCCAACUUCACAGUCUGGAUUGGUUCCCUCACCGUCCUCCCUUCCGAACAAGGCAUUAGAUCUGCCAUGAGAAAUGCCUGGGAUUCCCUCACCGCAACCCACCCUUCCCACCACAAACACCACGAUGCGCAUCCAGGCGGCGUAAGCCAAACCGAAGGCGCCAACGCCGACGACUCAGCCGCCCAACACAUGUCCAUGACAGACCGCAUAGCCGACCGCAUGGCCAAGCACCUGGAAGCCGAAGAACUCGAAGACGCCUUGGCCGCAGAACAACACGGCGAAACCCUCGAACGCGACAUCCACUUCUACAAUUUCCUGCUCGCACGCGAAACCCAGCGAAUGAUGAAAGACCUAAACGCUUCACCACCCAAACGCUACGAAUGGGGCGAAUGGGAGUAUUUCCUCAAGCUCAUGGCAAAUGACGCUGAUGCCUACGAUAUCAACGGCGAGAAAAUCGUGCCUGAGGAGUUGAGAUUGCCGGAGACAAGGGAAGAGUGGAAGAGGAAACAUGUUGAUCAUAGGUGGUCUUGGUUGAGUAGAGCCAGCCCGUUGAUGGGGAAUAAGUCAGAGACUGAGUGGAUCUUGGAGAGGUUGGGAGCUUGUUUGGAAAAGGAGUUGCGUGAGUCGAGAUUGUUGCCAUAUCGGACUAGAGAGGAGAAGAGAAGGCCACCAGUGAGUAUGGGUGAUAUGAUACGGAGAGGAAGGAAGAAGCAACAGGAAGACGACAGCCCUUGA